ACGAAAGUCUUCUGAAAAUCCCAUUCGCCGUUGGACCGUUGGGGGGGAAAUAGUCAUUGAAGGUUCGAGCGGCUUUCACGAUGAGAUUUUUCCUCUUGGUUUUUGUCGUCGGUGGGGCCUCUGCCUUUCUGGCCACGCCCCUCAACACCAGCGAUCCUGACAUCAUCAAUAUUCUGUGUCCGAGUCAAAUGGUCGGCGAGACGCGCGACCACGAGUGGCUGACCCGCGAGGCCGUCCGCCGCAACAUCCGCCGCUUCUUCCUGGCCAACCCCCCCCGCCCGGACUUCUUCGUGCCCUCCGAGGCCACGCUGACGGAGCUCUACCACGCCUACUACGGGAGCACCUCGUCGCCCACGAGAUUCAUCAAGGCGGUCAACUCCAUCGCCGCCUCCAACGUGAAGGCGGAUUCGUCUGCGCAACUCAGAUACGACCCAGCCAUCCAGGCCGACGGAGAGAGCCUCGAGGAACUGCAGGCGAUGCUCGUUGCCAGAUAUCCCCAGAUCCUAACUUCCAUCCUCCACGACGAGUCCUACUCAGCGGCCAGAGCUCUCCUCGGCACGUCCUACCACUCCAUCCAGAAGUUCUACUCCCACUCCACCUGGAUUGAGCAAGGGAACGUUGGGAUCCUCGAAGGACUCGGUAUCCCAGGCUCGGAUCUGGGCCACCUAGCGGGCGAGAGUGACAAUGUGUGCACCUCUUGCGCUAGUCCUCAGGGCGAGUGUUCGGCCAACAUCCUCUUGGGCUCCGGCCUCAGCACGGGCUACUACGAAUACGAAGACGAAGUCGGCGCCAGUUUCGUGAUUCCGAAGCCGCCCACGGGCGGAAAGUGUAGCCACGGCGGCGCGCUGGACCUGAGUGCCUUCCAGCCUGCAGAAGGAGGCAUAAACAAGGACACGACCUCGCCUUGCUUCUCGCCGCACUUCUACCUUCACGAAGACGCCGCGGAGUUGGCGGUGCAGGCUACGGACCACUACCUCACCGUAAUCCUCGAAGCAGUAGGAGCGGAGAAAUACAGACGCCUUUUCGACCUGUACUUCGGCUCCGCGCUGUCCAUUUGCAUAGACACGACGGGUUCGAUGGAAGACGACAUUCAAGCUGUGGUCGACCAAGUGGAACAGAUCGUCUCGCAUUCGACGGUCGAGCUGUACAUCCUCGUGCCCUUCAACGAUCCAGGGAUUGGACCUGUCGUCUCAACCAGCGACCCUCAGGAGUUCUUGGACGCUGUGAAGGCCCUCUACGCCCACGGGGGAGGCGACGGCCCGGAGAUGUUCUGGGGAGGACUUCAAAUGGCUUUAAAAGAGACUCCGGAUUACGGCAAUAUUUUCUGCUUCACCGACGCCGACGGGAAGGACGGAGACCUGAUGGAGGGCGUGAUCAGCCUGGCGCAGCAGAAGCAUGUCAAGGUUACCGUGAUCCUGAGCGACAUUUUCAAGAAGGAUACCAAGCUCAUUACCAGCGUCGAGGAGUACCAACGCCUGGCUGAUUCCACGGGCGGCCUUCUCAUCUCCACGGACAAGUUUGACGUCAGUGAUAUUGCCUCCAUCAUCGGGGAAGGCGUCGAGACGUCCACGGUGACCAUAGAGAGUUUAGCCGAAAUCACAGGUUACCAUGCAGUGUCUCUCCCCAUCGAUGACUCCAUAUUGGAUUUCGAGGUGCGGAUCACUGGAGUCAUCAGUCAAGCUCUUCUUAAGGACAUCACAGGCACCUCCUACGACCUGACGGACAAGGGCGCCCUGGAAGCGACUCCGGGCGUGGAGGUGAUCUCCCACACGGGCACCUUCCUCGCCGUCCGCUUCCUCGCCCCUCGCUACGGCCUGUGGAAGCUCUCCGUCGACGCCGCCGGCGCCUACGCCCUCGCCGUCUCCGCCACGUCGUCGCUGGACUUCCUCGGCGACUUCGCUCUCCUGGACCCGUCGCCGCCGCAUCCCCACUACAGGAAGACCGAGGGGCGUCCGCUUACCAAUACUAUCUAUUACCUGGAGGUCACUCUCGUGGGUCACCUGGAGAGCGAGGUCACCAACGUCAAUAUGGUCGAAUUUGUGGACAAGUCAGGCUCGGUCCUUCGCGAGAUAGCGUACGCAGGGAACGUGGCGGACCAGAUGUACAUCCGCACCGACCCUCUGCCUGACCACCCCUUCUACAUCAAGCUCUCGGGUCAUGUUAGUUCAGGAAUCCGACUUCGAUACACCCAUAUGCGAACUGACCAAUAGUCCGGAUUGCACUGGCUUCAACUUCAACGGCAUUUGCAACAGCGAGAAGUGGACGGCUCAUGCAACGCUCAGGGACACUCGAUCAGGCCUCUACCGCGUGGACGCCGUUCCUGAGGGCGACCGUGUCGUCGUAUCAGGAUUCACUCCGGGGACAACAGCUGACGUCACUGUCGAGUACACGGCCUCCUGUUGCACCACGCAGGUCGACAUCAUCGGCGUGGA